AUGUCCUGGAGCGCUCCAUCGUCCGGGGGCGCUCCUGCAUAUCAGCCAGCUCCGGCAUACGCUCAGCAACACUAUCCUCAGCAGCAAGCAUACGGCCAGCCCCCGUAUACCCAGCCCCCGUACCAACAGAGCGCCCCGCCCUCCACCCAGUCAUCCAGUGCUCCGACCACCUAUCCCCCCAAGCGUAAAGGUAACCCCGUAAUCACCCGCUAUCCUCCGCCUCCGGGCUAUCGGCCUCCUCCGCCGCCCUCAGGCCAGCCUCCCUACGGACAAGGCCAGUAUCCCCAGCCCAACUAUCAGCAACAACCCCAGGGCUAUCCUCCCCAAUCCUACCCGCAAGGUUAUCCCGGAUACCAGCAACCCUCCCAAGGUUACCAGCCGCCAUGGCAGCCGCCGCCAGGUUACCCUCCACCUCAAGGCUAUCAGCAGCAAGGGUAUCAACAGCCACCUCCACCGCCACCACCUGAUGCAUCCAGUCCAUCAACCGCUUAUCCACCCAACGGAUUUCAGCAGUCUCCGACCUUUCCGCCCAGCAGCCAAUCUGGAUCCUAUCCUCCGCAUGAGUCGGCCAUCUCUCCUACAACAACCGCACCACCAUUGAACCUUGGUUCGCCUCCAAACCAAAAUUCACGGCCCUCAAAAUCCCGUCGAAACACUCGCACCGCAAGUAUAGCCCCUACCGAAGUUCCAGAGUCUCAUAAGCUCUACCAAUCCGAGGCGUACACGAUCAACCUCGGGCUGGACGAAUGGGAUCAAACCGAUUUCGACGGUGCCAUCUGGCCGAAGGCAAACGAGCCGGUCGACUCGAAUUUCAGUCUCGGUGUCAUCAUAUGGCAUCCUGCGAAUGAGACGACUCGUGCGCUUUCAUCCGACUUCGUGUCAGCCGAAGAGAGAGCAGCAAAGCCCCCUCUUCCCAAGAUCGGCAACGGAGAUUCUGUUUCUGAAUAUUUUGGUCCUGAAAAUGCUCACGAAGCGUUUUUGAACGUUCGGCAAACCGAUGAGUGGGACUUGAUAAGGCAUGAUUCAAUCUUCUAUGAGUUCCCCAAAACGUCGGACAUUGUGGCAUUGGAGGAUGUUCUUGCGAAUAGAGAUCGACCCGACCCUGAAGGGGAGAACCCUUAUCCAAACAUCCAUGAACUUCAGGAAAGAAAACAACGCCAAGGGGCUAGUUGGAACGUUAUGGACAAUCUUGAGCAAGCCUUGUCAUCUGAGCAAGCGGAGGACGGCGGUUCACGAAAACAAUCUCGCGUUGACCAAUCAACACCCCCUCCUCCUCCCGCUUCACGAGACGAUGCCCAGGAAGCAUUGCUGGCGUCGUUGGGCGUGACAGGUUCCCCGAAACCAGUCACUCAGAUGCCCACCCCGACUUUCCUACCACCGAAACCGCCCAAACCCAGCGCGCGAAAAGGCAGUGAUCAUGAUCGCUCCGCAAAGGCCGUCGAGACCGACUAG